CUUGUCCUACGACCAUCUAUAGUUCGUCUAUACUCUAAUGGACCAGCCAGUGUUGUAAUCAGUAGGCAUGCUAAGUUCCGGGUCCUACCAGAACAGAAAGUGAAAUCAAAAGUAAAUUCCCUUUCAUUCAAAUCUGCAACAGCAUGGAUUAAGGUCAAAUCCGUUUAUUGAAACGUAUCGUUCAGAUCCUGUGUGAUGUAGCUGGAGUGAGUACAGUGCUACAGAGAAUUAAGAGACUUAGUCUGGAUAUUAAUUUGUCUUCUAGAGAAUAGAUUUAGUAUCUAUUCUUCUGCAAUGGCCAAUCCAUGCAGAAAACUGAUAUUUAAUAUUUACAUGGGAUUUUACUGCUCAGCCAUUAUGGCCAAAAUAUGCAUUUGUUCUCAAUUUUCAACGUCAUCUAUUGAUCCAUUCAAUAAGGACCCUGGGGCUUUCCCCGUAGCCACCAAUGGGGAGCAAUUUCCUUGGAACGAGCUAAGGCUCCCAAGGGUGGUCAUUCCUCUCCACUAUGACCUUUUGGUCCAUCCAAAUCUUACCUCCCUGGACUUUGUUGGUUCUGAGAAGAUUGAAGUCUUGGUCAGAUAUGCCACCCAAUUCAUCAUCUUGCACAGCAAAGACCUUGAAAUCAUGAAUGUCAUCCUUCAAUCAGAGGAAGAUUUGAGAUACAGGAAACCAGGAAAAAGGCUGAAUGUUUUGAGUUAUCCUGCUCAUCAACAAAUUGCACUGUUGGUUCCAGAGGCACUAAUGACUGAUUUGAGAUACUCUGUGGCUAUCGACUUCCAGGCCAACUUAGCCAAUGGUUUUCAAGGUUUUUAUAAAAGCACAUACAGAACUCAUGGUGGUAAAACAAGAAUAAUUGCAGUAACCGAUUUUGAGCCAACUGAAGCCCGGAUGGCUUUCCCUUGCUUUGAUGAACCAUCAUUUAAAGCCAACUUUUCCAUCAAGAUAAGAAGAGAAAGUGGACACGUUGCACUAUCCAACAUGCCAAAGGUGAAGACAAUUGAACUUGAAGAAGGCCUCUUAGAAGAUCAUUUUGAAACUACUGUAAAAAUGAGUACAUACCUUGUAGCCUAUGUAGUUUGUGAUUUCAACUCUGUGAGUGGCACCACCUCCUCAGGGGUCAAGGUGUCCGUCUAUGCAUCUCCAGAAAAAUGGAGUCAAACCCAUUAUGCUUUGGAAGCAUCAUUAAAGCUACUCGAUUUUUAUGAAAACUACUUUGAUAUCAAUUAUCCACUCCCCAAACUGGAUCUAAUUGCUAUUCCUGACUUUGAGUCUGGAGCCAUGGAAAAUUGGGGCCUUAUCACAUAUAAAGAGACGUCACUGCUCUUUGAUACUAACACUUCUUCUGCUUCUGAUCAACUAUUGGUCACCGAAGUCAUAGCCCAUGAACUAGCCCACCAGUGGUUUGGCAACCUGGUUACAAUGGAAUGGUGGAAUGAUAUUUGGCUCAAUGAAGGUUUUGCAACAUACAUGGAACUCGUCUCUGUUAAUGCCACAUAUCCAGAGCUACAAUCUGAUGAUGCUUUUUCAGACGUGUGUUUUACAGUAAUUAAAAAAGAUUCAUUAAAUUCAUCCCGUCCUAUCUCCAAUCAAGCAGAAACUCCUACGCAGAUAGCAGAAAUGUUUGACUCCGUUUCCUAUAACAAGGGAGCUUGUAUUUUGAAUAUGCUCAAGGAUUUUCUGAAUGAGGAGAAAUUCCGCAAAGGAAUUAUUCACUACUUAAAGACGUUCAGUUAUGGAAAUGCUAAAAAUGAUGAUUUGUGGAACAGUCUGUCAAAUAAUUGUCUAGGUGAUUUUACAUCUGGUGAAUUUUGUUAUUCUGAUUCCAAGAUGACAAGCAAUACACUCGCCUUCCGGGAGGAAAGCACGGAGCUCAAGGAGAUGAUGGCGACCUGGACUCUGCAGAAAGGAAUUCCCCUGGUGGUGAUCACAAGAGAAGGGCGUUCCCUCAGGCUGCAGCAGGAGCGCUUCCUGAGCGGGGUUUCCAGAGAGGACCCUGAAUGGAGGGCCCUGCAGGAAAGGUACCUGUGGCAUAUUCCAUUGACCUACACCACGAGUUCCUCUAAUGUGAUCCAUAGACACGUUCUAAAAUCAAGGACAGAUACUCUGGAAUUAUCUGAAAAGACCAGCUGGGUGAAAUUCAACGUGGACUCAAAUGGCUACUACAUUGUUCACUAUGAGGGGCACGGAUGGGACCAACUAAUCACACAGCUGAAUCAGAACCACACACUUCUCAGACCUAAGGACAGAGUAGGUCUGAUUCAUGAUGCAUUUCAGCUAGUAAGUGCAGGAAGGUUGACCCUAGACAAAGCCCUUGACCUGACUCGUUAUCUCCAACAUGAAGCAAGCAUUCCCGCACUUCUCAAAGGUCUGGAAUACUUAGAGCUGUUUUACCGCAUGAUGGAGAGAAGGAAUGUUUCAGAUGUCACAGAAAACCUCAAGCAUUACAUUCUCCAGUAUUUUAAGCCAGUGAUUGACAGGCAAAGCUGGAGUGACAAGGGCUCUGUCUGGGACAGGAUGCUUCGAUCGACCAUCCUAAAACUGGCCUGUUACCUGAACCAUGCUCCUUGCAUCCAGAAGGCAACUGAACUCUUCUCUCAGUGGAUGGAAUCCAGUGGAAAAUUAAACAUUCCGUCGGAUGUUUUAGAGGUCGUGUAUUCUGUGGGUGCUCACACAGCAAUAGGUUGGAAUUACCUUUUGGAGCAAUAUGGACUGUCCAUGUCAGGUGCUGAAAAAAAGAAAAUUCUGUAUGCAUUGUCAACCAGCCAACAUCAGGAAAAGUUAAAGAAAUUAAUUGAACUAGGAAUGGAAGGAGAAGUCAUCAAGACACAGGAGUUGUCCACUCUUUUUUAUGUGAUUGCCAGAAAUCCAAAGGGGCAGCAACUAGCCUGGAAUUUUUUAAGAGAAAAUUGGACCCAUCUCCUAAAAAAGUUUGACUUGGGCUCAUUUGCUAUGAGAAUGAUCAUCGUUGGCCCAACAUCUCACUUCUCUUCCAAGGAAGAGCUGCAAGAGGUGAAACUGUUUUUUGAGUCUCUUAAGGCACAAGGGUUACAUCUGGAUACUUUUCAAAUGAUUUUGGAAACCAUAGCCAAAAAUAUUAAGUGGCUGGAGAGGAAUCUUCCCACUCUGAGGACUUGGCUACUGGUUAGUUCUUAAAUAGUCAGUAGAAAGAGCUCAUCACAUGUGGGCUUGAAGUCAGUAAAGCCCACGUCAAAGUCUUGGGUAUUUUGUCUAAACCAGUAAGAAGCCCCAAGAAACCAGCCACCGCAGCUGCCGGCUCUCAGCAGUUGUCUCUAGCUGACAGAUGUAUGAUGUUGAGGUGGGGGAAGUCCAGUUCAGUAGCUUACUUAAAUGUAAACUUCCUGAAUACUGGAGAUAUGUGGAGAUGUGAAUGUAGAUAUACAGACAGAGCUGCGAUAGAUUAGCCACAUCGCCCACUCCCUACACUGCCUUAUAGCAUGCUACUUGCUACUUUUUUGCUUUUUUGGUGUUUUUUCUAGCCUUGCUUAGCAUCCUGGACUUUGCCCAGCCAGUUUUACCUUCAAGGAAACAUAGCCAAUUCUUUUUUUAAAAAAUCUUUCAUUCGCAUCCUUUCAUUUCCUCCCCCUUUUCCUCCUUCAUCUCAGCCCGAAUAGUGUUUUCUAAUUUUUACCAUUCCUGGAAAAUUUGAAUCCAAUUAUGAAGUAUAAGGAUCAGAAAACCAGAGAAUUUGUCACCAAAUCUCUGAUUAUUAGAAACUAGGUGUCAGGGUUUACCCACAAAGCCAGGAGGGCUGCUUGGCUUGAGCCUCACUUUCUUUUUUUUAAGAUUUUUAAAAAAUUUAUUUGAGAGAGAGAGAGAGCAUGAGAGGGGGCUUGAGCCUCACUUUCUUUUUCUUUCUUUUUUUUUUUUUUAAGAUUUUUUAAAAAAUUUAUUUGAGAGAGAGAGAGAGAGCAUGAGAGGGGAGAAGGUCAGAGGGAGAAGCAGACUCCCUGCGGAGCUGGGAGUCUGAUGUUGGACUCGAUCCCAGAAUUCCAGGAUCAUGACCUGAGCCGAAGGCAGUGGCUUAACCAACGGAGCUACCCAGGCAUCCCCAGAGCCUCACUUUCAUUAAGAGCCUCAAGGAUAGCCUCCUGAGGUCAUCUCCACAGGCAGUAAAAUCUGCAGUCAUAGAGGUAAAGGAGAGAACAAUUAUACCUCACCACUUUAAACUGUACACUAUCACAGUUUUAAAACAUCUUUUGAAAAUUGCAAAAUUAGAUUGUAUCGUGUGUAUUUCCUGUUAACUUAAGGUUUAAUGUAAAUAUUUAAAUGGAUCAUGUUUUAUAACUCAGUUUUAGCAGUUCUUCAUAUUCUUAAGGGAAACUGGAUCUCUGAAAUGCUUUUCUAAAUGCUUAAAUUACUUGUUUUAUUAAUAAGGUAUUUGGAAUGAAUAAGGAAACCACCACUCUUAGAUAUCAGGUUGUAAAUUUAAUAAAUUCAUGUGCCCACAUAUGGAUCACUAUGAAGAUAUAAACAUGUUCUAGAAAAAUCUGAAUCAAUACACAGAUUAAUUUAUCUGGGCUAUUAAGGGAGGCUGGGAUAUCGGGGUACGAGUAAGGUGGGCAGAGCGCUAACCCAUCCAUUUUAGAGUGAUAUCUUGAAGGUUUACAGAUCUUUCUCUGGUGCCACGGACAGAGACAGAGUACAGCUUGGAUGGACCAUUGACAUGACCCAACACAUUUUGCUAAGUUUGUUUUCAGAUCAUUUCUUGGAAUCUUUGAAGCAUCUUUGACUCUAGAUUUGACUUGGUUGUGGUCCUACCAAGAUCUGUGUAACAUGUAAUACCCAUCUGGAAUUAAACGUACUUUCAAAUAAAGAAACUGAAAGAGUGAAGAA